GGGCAGAAUGACGCCUCAGCCAUAGAGAUGGUCUCAUACAAGCGGUUCCGGGUUUUUCCCGGAGGGUUUUACCUCUCCCUUCUCUAGGGAGGAGGGGAAGAAAACAGAGGAGGCCGCUGGCUUCGGACCGCUCUGGGCCUUGCCCAGUCAGCUGCCUCUCCUGCACCGGAGUAGAAAAAUACAUGUUCACUUUCAGCAUAGAAGAGCAUGUUCCCAAACUCUUCCAACUUGGGCCGUCCACCCUUCCAACUAGAACGCCAACAAUAUAACUACUUCAUUAACCUUCCGGUGAACACACCUCCUGCCCUCUUUCACCAGCAAUUCCAGAGUACAACAACUCCAGUAAGUGGUAACCUUCCAACCAUCCCACCUGUUUCACCACCACCUUUUGCCUAUAGAAAUGGCAGCCCAGUGCAUACAUCAGCUGCACCUGCAUCAUUCCGAGGCAGAAAGAGGCUGAAAGAGCAGGAUGUUCCUUAUCAAGUGAAGCGCCAGCGAUUUCAUUCACCUCAUCGUGAAUCAGCUUCAGCUAACCAAGUAGUGCCUUUACCAGAAGAUCACAGGCGGUCGUUUCCUGGAUCAAUUCCUUUGCCAUUAUUUCAAGCACAUUACAUCUCUGAUUUGACUGGAUGUGUGCCACCCUUACAAGAAGCUUCAUUUCCUGAACUUGUAGAAACUACACUCCCUGUGGCCAAAGAUAAGCUAAGUCAGCAAGUACUGGAGUUAUUUCAAGCAUGUCAACAACAAACCUAUGACUUGAACAAAAAAGAGCUUUGCCGAACACAACUCCAAAGGGAAAUUCAGCAGAUCUUUCCAAAUAGUAGACUCUUUUUGGUUGGAUCCUCACUAAAUGGGUUUGGUACUCGUAGCAGUGAUGGUGACUUGUGUCUGGUGGUUAAAGAGCAGCCAAUUAAUCAGAAGACUGAAGCAAGACACAUACUUAGCUUACUCCAAAAACACUUCUGUAGGAAGCUUUCAAACUACAUUGAGAGACCUCAGCUGAUUCGAGCAAAAGUGCCAAUAGUAAAGUUCAGGGACAAAGUCAGCUGUGUAGAGUUUGACUUGAAUGUAAACAACGUUGUAGGAAUAAGAAAUACAUUCCUUCUGAGAACCUAUGCAUACAUUGAGAGUCGAGUGCGUCCAUUAGUGCUGGUUGUAAAGAAGUGGGCAAGCUUUCGUGGCAUAAAUGAUGCCAGUCGAGGCACUUUAAGCAGCUAUAGUCUUGUGUUGAUGGUUUUGCACUAUUUACAAACCCUACCUGAACCUAUCCUUCCAUCCCUCCAAAAAAAUUACCCAGAAUCUUUUGAUCCUACUAUGCAGCUGCACCUCGUGCAUCAAGCCCCAUGCACCAUUCCUCCUUACCUUUCAAAAAACAAAUCAACUCUUGGAGACCUGCUACUGGGCUUCCUGAAAUAUUAUGCUACUGAAUUUGAUUGGAGCAGUCAAAUGAUUUCAGUUCGUGAAGCCAAAGCCAUUCCAAGACCUGAUGGCAUUGAAUGGAGAAACAAGUUCAUUUGUGUAGAAGAACCUUUUGACCGAACAAACACUGCUAGAGCGGUACAUGAAAAACAGAAGUUUGACAUUAUCUUAGAUGAAUUUCGCAAGUCAUGGUACAGAUUGAGAGACCGGAGGGAUUUGAACUGUAUACUACCUUUAAGAGCCACUAUACAGAAAAGAUAAUUAGCUUUCUUCUUAAGUGGACUGUUCUGAAAUAUACCAAGGACAUUAUCAGAACCCCAGGAUGCAUUUUUUUUCUCUUUUCCCACUGCACUUUUUUUUAAAGAGAUUUUUCUUUCAAACUUUAGUUAAGAAAAUUUUUGUAAGAAAUAAAAAUGCAACCUUCGUGAAAUUCAUUAACAAUUUGAAGACUGACUUUCUGAAACAGAUUGAAUCAGUGACCAAUAAAAUUUUGCAGAUCUGUUGGAGUUUGAUUUAUUGUUAAUAUAAGUUGUAGUGGUUGACUCAGCCAUACUGAAUAUUGAAAUGUAAAGAUGAAGAGAUUUGUAAUAUACAACAACCAGUCUGUGACUUUAAAGAAUAGCAUACAGUGCACACUUCCUUAAGAUAAAGUAGCCCUGGCUUUACAAAUGCUAAAUGCAGUAUGCACUUUGGCUCUCCUUGGCUCUUUUCAGCUUUUAAUAAUCUUGUAAUAAGAAACAGCAACUUUUUAGAAAAAUAAUGAAUAGACCCUAAAUGAUGCUGUUGAUUUUGCUGGUAAACAUAUGCCUGGGUUCUACUUCUUCAGAUUACAUGUGAUUGAAUGCUUCUCAAAAUGACAAAAAUCCUUCCACAUUUAAAACUAGAUUGUGGGGGCAAGCUGAGAUUUAGCUUUCUGUGUGGAAGGGAUCUUGUCAAAUAGAGGAGCAUAUACAAGCAUGCAGUCUGAAGUGGCACAACUCAGGCAACAGGUUUGCCACCUCAGUGAGAACUUCUGCGUAUUGUAUUUACGGGAAGUUUUAAGCAGUAGAGCAACUUCAAGGCCUAAACAUCUGUUAGGCUUGCAUAAUGUCUGACAUCCUGAGCUGAAUGCAGCCUGCCAGCCAUGUAUGGCAGCGCACCAGGGGUUUGAGAAACAUUCUCUGUGUGUUCCGCUAUCCUAAAGCUACAAAAAAAAGCAGGACAGGCAUUUUGUAUGCCAUAAGGCAGCCUUUCCCAACCUUUGGGUCCCCAGAUGUUGCUUGACUGCAAUUCCCAUAAUUCCUGACCAUUGGCCAUACAGGCUAGGGCUUAUGGGAGUUGUAGUCCAACAACAUCUGGGGACCCAAAGGUUGGGAAAGGCUGCCAUAAGGUAUGGCCAAUGGCCUCUGUGUUCAACUUGAUGUAUAGGCACUGCAGGUAAGAUUUUGUGGCAAACUGCUCAAUGUAGCUUAAGAUUCAUGUCGGACCAGAGGUGGCUUUGAACAUUACAGUGAAGCAGCGGGAAAGGAAACGCAAGUGAGAAUUGUGCUUCCUCUUAAUUGCACUUCCAAUGUAAUAUAUGGAACUUGCAGAGAUGGUACUGUGGCUUGUACAUCCCCCCUUUUCCUACACCACAGUAACAGUGUAAGGAAGCACAGUUUCUGUGCAUUUCCUCAUACACACACCCCUCUGCUUUGUUGUAGGUUGUGGAGUCACUGUGAGUUGAGUCCUCUCCUACAGUUUUCUUUCCAUAUAAAUAAAGUAGUAGUGACAACUGCGAAAAAUAGCUGCUACGAUAAGCCAAGUUGUUUUUUUCAAUUUAUGUUUCUAUUUUUGUGUAUAUAUUUGUACAUUGGUCAGCUGCUAUAUAAAUUGGGAUUUUAAAAAAAUCUUAAAUUUUAACUUUUUUUCCAAGAAGUAUGGGACUUCUUUUAGAUCUGCUGUAGCACAAUUUGUGCCUCUUAUAUUUAUUGCAGACCAAUUCAUACGUUAACAAAUGUUUACUUUUCAUUGAUGUCAAACUUUACUUUUUUUCCUCUUAAGUUUAAUAUUUUUAUUGUAUCAAGUGAAAUAAAGUUUCUGUAUUAAAAAUAAA